CAUACAUUUCACGACGGCUAAACAUACCCCAUAAUGGUAUUAUCAAGAAAAAUCUUUAGAGGUAAAAGGGCCCAGGAAGCUUACGAUAAGACCUUACCGGGGAAGUAUCAAAAACUUCUCCAAAAGAAUCAUUUCCUCUUUUUCGGUCUUCCAUUUAUGUUAUCAAUUUUUGCUGGAUCAAUUUUUUUACAAAGAUUUACUUCAAUUAAAUGGGAACAAUAUGAUGAAAAAUAUAGACAAUUAGGAGAAGAAGAAAUGAUGGGGAUGAUUGAAAAUAAACGUGAAGUUAACAAAAAGGAUGAUUAUUAUCGAUUACAGGGUCUUCUUGAACAGCAUUCUUCCAGUGUUAGUGAUGAUUAUGAAAUCGUUAGAGUGGCACGUAAAAAGGAAGAUGAACCAGUGUGGUGAACCAUUGGGAUAAAAUUACUUGUAUAUAAUGAACGUAU